AUGGGUAGUGAAAUGAAUUCACUUUUAAAUUCCCACGCUGUUUUCAUUCAGACACCCAAUUCCGAAACGAAAUAUUUUCGAAAUUUUGUGGGAGCCGAAGACUACGUAUGCUCCAAUGUGAAAGGUAUGGAUUUCUUUAUAAUAUGGCUGUCUGACCAAUACGUAGAGCAAUUUAUUCAAUCUCGUAUUAUCGAUUUCCCUCAGUUGAAACGUGCAAAUAUUUAUCUUAGCACAGAAGUCGACAUGGCAUCAGUUUCCCAGUACUAUGCUGGAAAAUAUUCUAAACUUAGUUUUUGUCUGGCAUCCGAAGUGUCGAACCGUCUUCGGCAGGCUGCUCUUGGAGAUUGUUUAAAUUCCUCGUCGUUACUUGACCGAGAUCGGGUAAAAUCAACGAUGACUCGUGCAAAACAAGGAAUAUCGCAGAAGAUGGAGAGUCUAGAAAUAGAAUUACAUACCAACGCUCAUUCAUCCGAUAAUGGAGGAAGAACUUCAGUUUUGGAUGGAAAAGUCCCAGCAAAUUAUCUUUGCACACUUUGUUCGGGUAUUCUGAGAGAUCCUAUGCAACUAAUGUGCUGUGGUUCUCGUAUAUGUGAAUCAUGUGUUCUAUUCAACAAUGGUACUACAACAUGUCCAACAUGUCAAUGUAUUGUAACACAAGCUAUUGUAAUGCGAGACCGUGGUCACAAAAGAGACAUGGAAAAUAGUCAUAUUUCAUGCAGUUUUUGUACAUGGAAUGGCUCUUUAAAUAUGUAUCAGGAUCAUCUCCAAGAACAUCAUUACAUGAAUAUAAAUGAUGCUGCUACUGCGAACUUGAAUCAAAUGAGACUACAAGAAGCUAUGAACAAACCACUCUUGAAACCUUCCAACUUAAUCUAUGAAGAAAAACCCAUUACGUCCAGCGAAGUUAUAGUGAUAUGGAUUGUUACUGAUGCGCAAUCCAAAAUACACGCAUGGUACAAACGUACCAAACGCGACGGAAAUGAAACAUUUGAUGCAUCUAGACGCAACCCGGGAACGCGUGUAGAUGCGUUUAACGAACGUGUUUGCACGCGGUUGCUGAUGGAAACCGGNUCUAUUACUGCUUUAGUGAAUCGUGUAUUUGUUGGAAUCGUAAUAUUAGCGAAUAUGAAUUCAAUGCCGAAUAUUCCAUUUUCGGUCUCAGAAACUUUCGUUAAAGUCGACAUCCCAAUUCAAAUCUUUGCUGAAGAAGAAGCAUUAUUUGUGACGAUCAAGUCAAACUCAUCGACGAAAUAUUUCUGUAUUUUUAAUUCUUCGUCAAAUACACAGCAUUUAAUGGAGCGACUACAUUCUUGCUCAAAUGUUGUAUAUCUCUAUACACUAUCCGAAACCGAACAACUGGAACAGCAACGACGAAUAACCAGAAGUUAUGCCAAGUUCGAAGCAGUCUAUGAUGAUAUUCUUCGUUUACUAAUCAAAGUAGCAAGUGAUGUAGCAUUGUUCUGUGAAGAGACAGCUGAUCGGCAAAGAAGUAACAAGGCAAUGAUAGAUCAGGCGAAAAGAAACUAUCAACGUGCACUCGAACUGUAUGCAUUCGUAGAAACUACUACAUCCAAUUCCGAAUUGAAAUGUUUUCCAGAUUUUGUGGGAGUCGAAGACUACAUAUGCUCCAAUGUGAAAGAGAUGGAUUCCUUUAUAAUAUGGAUAUCUGACCAAUGCGUAGAGCAAUUUAUUCAAUCUCGUAUUAUCGAUUUCCCUCAGUUGAAACGUGCAAAUAUUUAUUUUAGCACAGAAGUCGACAUGGCAUCAGUUUCCCGGUACUAUGCUGGAAGAUAUUCUAAACUUAGUUUUUGUCUGGCAUCCGAAGUGUCGAACCGUCUUCGACAGGCUGCUCUUGGAGAUUGUUUAAGUUCCUCGUCGUUACUUGACCGAGAUUGGAUAAAAUCAACGAUGACUCGUGCAAAACAAGGAGUAUCGCAGAAGAUGGCGAGUCUAGAAAUAGAAUUACAUACGAACGCUCAUUCAUCCGAUAAUGGAGGAAAAACUUCGUUUUUGAAUGGAAAAGUUCCAGCAAAUUAUCUUUGUACACUUUGUUCGGGUAUUCUGAGAGAUCCUGUGCAACUAAUGUGCUGUGGUUCUCGUAUAUGUGAACCAUGUGUUCUAUUCAACAAUGGUUCUACAACAUGUCCAGAAUGUCAACGUAUUGUAACACAAGCUGAAGUAAUGCGAGACCGUGGUCACAAAAGAGACAUGGAAAAUAGUCAUAUUUCAUGCAGUUUUUGUACAUGGAAUGGCUCUUUAAAUAUGUAUCAGGAUCAUCUCCAAGAACAUUAUUGCAUGAAUAUGAAUGAUGCUGCUACUACGAACUUGAAUCAAAUGAGACUACAAGAAGCUAUGAACAAUCCACUCUUGGAACCUUCCAACUUAAUCUAUGAAGAAAAACCCAUUACGUCCAGCGAAGGUACACUGACAUGGAAUGUUACUGAUGCGCGAUCCAAAAUAGCCGGUCUUACGUUUGAACGCGGAACAUCAAUAGAUUCUCCAAUAUUCUACACAUCUCCUACCGGUUAUAAAAUGCUUGCUCGAUUAUUUUCAUAUGGUAAUGAUAGAGAUAGCCGGGCGCAUUUAUCUGUUUUCCUCACAUUGUUGCAAGGUGAAUAUGAUGCUAUUCUUCGUUGGCCUUUCCCUUAUAAUGUAGCGUGUUGCCUGUUUGACCAAACUAAUCGCUCUCGUCAUAUUAUCGAUAUGUUUCGUCCAGAUACAAAUUCAAUUAGCUUUCAAAGACCGUGUAGUGAUACGAACGUCGCUAGUGGAAUACGAAAGUUCUGUCCAUUGGCAUUGCUGCAGAACGAAGACAGUCCCUAUAUUAUAGAAGAUACAAUGUUUAUUAAAAUUACGGUUGAUUUUGUUGGCAUACCGCAUGAACUUCUACCUGAUAUGUUUAAGAUGGAUCCCGGUUUACCACCGCACGUUCAACAUUCUAGAAUUAAUGAUAUCAGUACCAAUUUUCAAGCAAUUCAAUCUACUCAUGUUGCGGAAAUUUUACAAGCUGAGCGUCAGAUAUCACAAAAUGCCCAACGUCCGCUAUCGACGACCUCACCUUCGAUACAAACGCUGCAUGAAGAUUCAGCCGCAAGUUCAUUAUCGGCUGAAUAUGACGACGAAGAUUCUGAAACCGAACAGUCGCAUGAGUGCCGCUGA